CAGUUUGCAGAGUGCUUUCCUGCGGUGGGCUGUGUUCCUGCUGCCGCCUCCUCAGCGGGACUCGCUGCCGCACGGCGGCUUCAUCUUCUGGGAUAAGCCUAAACCCCAGGAUCCAUGGAACGGCCCGGGCCGGGCCCCGCCUCGGGGCGGGCGGAGGGAGGUUCCCGACAGAAUCGGCCCGCCCUCGGUAGCACCAUCCGGCCUGGGCCUCGGAGAUACGGCUCCCCAUCCGCCCUCUGCCGACCUCCGGAGCCUGGGGAACCCCGAGCGGUCGCUGAUGGAAGACGCUACACUUUCCCGGCUGCAGGGGCCUGAGCCCCCCGGCUCCCAGCUCUCUCACCCCGGGGAUGUGAGUCCUUCUCCCACCGUCCGAAUUCAAGUGGCGCCGGCCGAGGAAGAGCUACUUAGCCCCGAGAAACCGAGUCGCAGCCGCGGGGAAACUUCCCGUGCCUCAUUCAGUGGAGCAGAGGAUGAACUGGACAUGAACUGGAGAUCGCCUGAACCUGAGCUAAUACAAAAACUAAUUGCUCAGAUUGAAUAUUACCUUUCUGAUGAGAACCUGGAGAAAGAUGCAUUUCUUCUGAAACAUGUGAGAAGAAAUAAAAUGGGAUAUGUCAGUGUUAAACUACUGACCUCCUUCAAAAAGGUGAAGCAUCUCACUCGUGAUUGGCAAACAACUGCUUUUGCUUUGAAGCACUCCGAGCUACUAGAACUAAAUGAAGAAGGAAGAAAGGUGAGAAGGAAGACUGCUGUUCCCGUGUUUCCUAGUGAAAACCUUCCCAGUCGAAUGCUGUUGAUACAUGACUUACACAUGUGUCCAGAAUUUCAAUUCUUAAACCAAAAUCACGAAUCUGAACAUGGAGGAUCGCAAGAGAAGGUAAUGGAGUAUAUAUUAAAAGUAUUUGGCUCAUUUGGUACAAUUUCUUCUGUUCGAGUUCUAAAGCCUGGAAAGGAGCUUCCUGCAGAUGUGAAAAGAUUAAGUAAUCGGUAUUCCCAGUUGGGAGUGAAAGACUGUGUAAUUAUAGAGUUUGAAGAUGUUGAAUCUGCAAUCAAAGCACAUGAAACACUCGGAAAAACGGAGGACAUGAAAGUGGUGCUGAUAGGAAUGAAACCACCAAAGAAGAAAGUUGUGAGAGAGAAAACCAAAGAACCUGAAGAUAUUGACAAGAAUGGGUCAAAAAGCAAAUCCACCAAUAAGCGAGUUGAGGAGCUGCAGUACAUGGGUGAAGAGUCCUCUGCAUAUAGCUCAUCUGAAGCUGAAAGCAACCCUGCAUCACCCAUGCUGAGCCGUAAGCUUAAACCUAAUAAUCAGCUGAGCCCCAACUUCUAUCAAAAUCAUCUGAGCCCCAACGUGUCACCUCGAUCUAGCCCAUGGAAUAGUCCACGUUCAAGUCCUUCAAUACAGCGUAAAAACACAAUUCCCUGUAAAUCUACACUUGCUGUCGAUUCAAAACUCAAUGUUGUAACUUCUGAAAUUGCAAGUAAGUGGACUGACUAUUCAUCUGACAGUAGCAAUACACCAUCAGGCAGUCCAUGGGUACAGAGACGAAAGCAAGCACACGCAUUAUCACAUGAGAAUAGUCCUGUAGAUAGCCCUAUGCUUACCCGAAAAAUGCAUAAUGCAGGUGGACUACCACGAGGAGUAAUGCGUUUGCCCAGAGGGCCAGAUGGUACAAAAGGAUUCCAAACUCAUGCUGAAAGGAAUAAGCCACUUGUAAUCUGAUAUGCUAUUUUGCUUCUGUUCCCUAUAAUGUACAAUCUUGCUAUCCUUUAGAAUAACUUGAUAUGUAUACUAUUAUUGAAAAUGUUAUACCAAAAGUAAUGGGAUCAAAAUGAAUUUCCUAAAAUUUGUACCUUUUGCAGUGAUGAACUGCAGUUGUAUUAUUUGCCAGUAUUUUGGAAAGUAUUCUAACUUUUUUUGUUUGAACUUUUUGUUCUGCAAGACAAGUGGAAGCUUUCUAAUUCAAGAUGAAACGAGUGGAAGAAGAAGUAUUAGGUUGCAACACAAAUUAAAGGAGCCACAAAAAAAAAUAGUUGGCUAACUUGACAUGAGAAAGUCAGCUUCUGGUUGGUUAAUAGCUUUAAAACCUGAGCUGUGCUUUGAACAAAUAAAUACAAAGUUUUUGCCUUGUGUGUUGGUAGUCACAUUUAGACAAAGGCUGUGUUACUGUUACAAA